UGCAAACCCUACAAAAACAUAUGGCUGUCUCUCGAAUCUGCUGUGUAUUGGCCAUCUUCUUCUCUUUGGUUCUUGGCCAUUGUGUUCUGAACAUUGAAGCCACCCACCAUGUUUAUAGAAACCUUAAAACUGUAUCUUCUUCCUCAAAUCAACCUUAUAGAACAGGUUACCAUUUCCAACCACCCAAGAAUUGGAUCAACGAUCCUAAUGGACCAAUGAGAUACAAAGGGCUAUACCAUUUGUUCUAUCAAUACAAUCCCAAAGGCGCUGUUUGGGGGAACAUUGUGUGGGCUCACUCUAUAUCAAAGGAUCUUGUAAAUUGGACCCCACUUAACCCAGCCAUCUACCCAUCUCGUCCGUCCGAUAUCAACGGGUGUUGGUCAGGAUCGGCCACGAUUUUGCCAGAUGGCAAGCCCGCCAUUUUAUAUACAGGAAUUGACCCGAAUAACCAACAAGUCCAAAACUUGGCCUACCCCAAAAAUGCCUCGGAUCCAUAUCUUAAGGAAUGGAUUAAGAUCCCUCAGAACCCCUUAAUGGCUCCAACCAGGGCUAAUGGAAUCAAUUCUAGCUCAUUCAGAGACCCUACCACUGCUUGGUUAGGCAAAGAUGGGCACUACAGAGUUCUAAUUGGGAACAAAAGGGACACCAGAGGGAUGGCACUGUUAUACAGAUCCAAAGAUUUUGUACAUUGGGUUAAAGCCAAACACCCUCUUUAUUCUGCUAGAGGCACUGGAAUGUGGGAAUGUCCUGAUUUCUUCCCAGUUUUGUCUAAGUCCAUGUUUGGUGUUGAUACUUCCGUUGAUGGACCUUUUGUUAGGCACGUGCUUAAGGUUAGUUUGGACGAUACAAAACAUGAUUACUAUUUGAUUGGGACUUAUGAUGCCAAGAAGGAUAAGUUUAUCCCGGAUACCGGAUUCCAGAAUGUUAAUUCUGUCUUGAGAUAUGAUUACGGGAAAUAUUAUGCCUCCAAAACUUUUUUUGAUGAUGCAAAGAAGAGAAGGAUCUUGUUAGGCUGGGUCAACGAAUCCUCAAGCGUUGCUGAUGAUAUCAAGAAAGGAUGGUCAGGGAUUCAUGCAAUUCCAAGGGCAAUCUGGCUUCACAAGUCAGGGAAGCAGUUGGUGCAAUGGCCGGUGCCUGAAAUUGAGAAGCUGCGUGCAAAUCCAAUUAACUGGCCAAUCAAAGUGCUCAAGGCUGGUCAACAUCUCCAAGUCACUGGUAUCACAGCUGCACAAGCUGAUGUUGAAGUGUCAUUCGAGGCAAAGGAGUUAGAGAAAGCGGAAAUAUUGGAAAAGUGGAUGGACCCCCAAGUUUUGUGCAGCAGAAAGGGUGCAGCAAUAAAAGGUGGAUUAGGACCUUUUGGUUUGCUUGCUUUUGCUUCAAAGGGCUUGAAAGAAUAUACUGCUGUCUUCUUCCGAAUCUUCAAAUACCAAAACAAACCUUUAGUCCUUUUCUGUAGUGACCAAAGCAGGUCUUCAUUGAAUAAGAAUAAUGAUCUCACCACUUAUGGGACCUUCCUUGAUGUUGACCCUUAUACGGAGAAUCUCUCACUUAGAAGCUUGAUUGAUCACUCAGUAGUGGAGAGUUUUGGAGGAGAAGGCAAGGCAGUGAUCACGGCCAGAGUUUACCCCACAUUGGCUAUCAAUGAUGAGGCUCAGAUUUAUGCCUUCAAUUAUGGUGCUGCUGAUGUUAAGAUCACCAGAUUGAAUGCUUGGAGCAUGAAGAAAGCACAAAUCAAUUGAGACCAAGCACAAAAAAAGUGGGAUAUAAUAAUACUAGCUAGAUUCAUUACGAGGAGUAUUUUUUAAUUUUAUAAAUGUUCAUUUUGCUUGUGCUUCCAAGUAUAGUAAAAAAGUUAGAUUUUUUUGGGCGAUUGUCACUUUGUAUUAUGAUUUGUUCCCUCAAAUAUAAUUAGAGUUUGGGUUUCAUCCGCA